AAUUGAAUGAGCUAUAAAAUGGUGCUUAAAAUACUUUUUGUGAUUGCUUCAUUAGUUUCGUAUGUGGUCAGUGAUUCCUGUGUGACGUACGAUUUUGAGGGAGAAUUCGAUAAUUCUUUUAGUAGCUAUGGUGUCUGUGAGUCAAUGCCUAUGUGGUAUGUUGGCGAUUACAGUACUGUGGGCCUUACCAGUCCAAGUGGCCUCAGUACCAAGUUCGUCUCACCUCAUUCAAGUAUGAGUUGUGCCUCAUCAUUCCUCUUUACUAUGAACGCGGGCGGUAUCGUUGAAGUGAACCUUUACAUGGAACCAACAUCUGCGAAUGAUCAUCUACAAAUUCUGGUCCAGCAAGAACUGUCUGGUGGUGUAGCUUUCAUCACAGGAAUGAAAUUUUUAAACACCGUCAAUGGGUGGAUUACUGCGCAAAUAACCUUAGCCGGCCCAGAAGUUUAUCAAGGCUACAUAUCCAUAAUUGGUAUGGCGUCACCUAAUUCCAUAGUGUUGGUUGAUUCAUUCCGGUAUAUUCCACCUGGUACGGCUGAAACUGUAUGCUGGAUAUACGAACCACCACCAACCACUCCGGCGCCCAACCCUGACUGUAUCAGACCACCUGGGGAAGACAAUUCAUGGUUUUGGACCAAGCUCAUCAUUGCGUUGAUAAUUCUUCUAAAUCUAGUAGUGUUGGUUUUAACAUGUAUUGUAUUUUACGAACUCGGAAGGAGUAAGGCUAGUAUACCUUUAUUGAAACGUUUCGUCUCAACAGCACCACCGCCGACACCACCACCUUCAACAUAAUCAUGAUACAAUUCGUCUGGAUAUCAUACCAAUAUACUCCUUUCUCUCUUUCUUUAGUUAUUCAAUUUUAAACUUUAUUGUUUUGUUUGAAAAUUGAAAAUUGUCGAAAGAGAUAUCGUGGUUUAAUAAUUUGGUUUAAUAACUUUGUUUAUGCCUAACGCAGCUCACUGGCUAUCUCUGUAAAUUGUUCCUUGAGCGUAUUGCCAAGAGUUUUGUUUCUGUUAAUAUAUGGAAAA